UUCCAAACUCACACCUCCCCUUCACUUCUAUAUAUAUUAUUCCCAUUCUUCUCCCAAUCUUCAACCUCUCUUUCAUCUUCUUCAUACUAAACCACCAAUUCACUCAUCAAAUUCAUUCAAAUCAAAUCAAAUCUCAAUCUCUAUUUCUUUUAUCAAUCAUCAUGAAGCAAUUGAUCCGCCGCCUUUCUCGUGUUGCCGAUUCCUCUCAGUACUGUCUUCUCCGCUCCGACUCUCCCUCCGCCGCCGCCGCCGCCGCCACCAAACUUCGCCGUUCUCGGAUCCUCCGUUCCGGCACCGUUCCGCAAGGCCACGUCCCCGUUUACGUCGGCGAAGAGAUGGAACGUUUCGUCGUCAGCGCUCAACUCUUAAAUCACCCUGUUUUCGUCGAGCUCCUCGAUAAAUCCGCUCAAGAGUACGGUUACGAACAGAAAGGCGUUCUACAUAUUCCUUGUCACGUUCUUCUCUUUGAGCGUGUUCUUGAAGCUCUCAGACUCGGUGAUUACGAUUCUCGCCAUCUUCAAGAUCUUCUUUCCAAUCUCUCUCUCCAGUCAUAAACGGACCUUUUUCUUUUUCCUCUCUUGUAUUUUUUUUCAGAGAGAUUGUUUUUCUUUUUAUUUUUCUUUUUUAAAUUUUUCUGUAUAUAGGUUUCUUUUCUGAUUUUGGUUUCUCGUAGACGAUUAGUAUAUCAAAGAGAGUGAUCCAGGACAAGAAUUUUUUAGCUUCUUUUUUCUCCUUCCGAUGUAAAUCGAUAAGGAUAUUACUACAUUUUCUCUGUUAUGGAGACAACUUCUUCUUCACCGAAA